AUGGCUAUGGUCAGGCCAUAUCCCCCGCAACCGCAGCCGCGCCUGCGCUCCACGCCGGCACCCUACAACAACCUUCAAUCCGCUCCCUCCAACGCCUCGCUUCUCCGCAAUCCCGCCUUCGAAGGGCGUAAUCUCGCCCAGCACCCUGCGCCGCAGCGCUACGCCCACCCGCUCUCCAGACACAAUUCGUAUGGCUCGCAGACAUCCGACUCGGGUCGAGGAUCGAAACCGCCAGAGCACAUGCUUCGCCGUAAGACGCCGAACGGGAUACUGGCAGCUGCUUACGAUGGCACCUCUGUGGAGAAGAAUGGCGAACCUCAUGCUACAAAACACAUCCUCCUGCCAGUGACAGCCGAGUCCAACAUGCCCUACGGUCUCAAGCAAGACCUCCCCCUGCGGUCGCCUGGCCUCAACAGUGGGAUGGGCUAUACAAACCAGAAUGCACAAUCGGAUUGGAGCCCGAGUCUCUAUUUCGAGACGGGUUCAGGACGGACAGCACAGCACCUACCCCAGAUUGACUCUAUGCUAAAUCAAAUACCACCACUGCAACCCCUGCUACCCUAUCAAAUGUACGGCCAAACAUUCUCUGGGCCCAUGGGACCACCACUACAAUCACCGCUAGGACCUACAGUCUCGAAUGAUCAAGGCCCGUUCGGGCCCUACUGGCAUGACGGCACCUACAUCCCAUAUCGCCCUGCUGCUAUGCGAGACCCCCGGUUUUUACAUCACCAUAGUCACAACUGGAACCAUCCACAACACAACCCAUUCCUUGGAUACACCCCUUACCACAACAACUCUGUACCCAGCGGUUCCAACUAUCAACCAAAUCACCUGCUAAAUCAAGGACCAAAUACCUUCAAUCAUGUAGGAGGACCACCUGUAGACUUCUCGCCAUACCCCCAGCUACAAUCAAACUUCGCACUAGACUACCAGAAUCAAUCUUUGCCCGCACCGCCUACUCAACGUCAAGACUUCCUCCACUCCGGCCAAUCUACCCCACUGCCGGAGCACAAUUCCACUUCUCCACUCGCCGAGUACGGGCCACAAUCGAUCAAUGGCCAAUCCAGGGAACAUGUGUUCGCGUGGGCCCACACAGUCUAUGUUGACCUUCUCAGAUAUUUACAAUCAACGAGGAAGUCGCAUUCACACAACGCCCAUGGACGAACAUCAUCAAGACCGCAUAUUUACCCAAAGCCGCCACGGCAAUCUGGAGCGAAUUUCCCAAGUUCGUCAAGUAGCAAGCCACCUUCGUUAGAGCGACGCGUCUCUUUUCCAUCCAUCAACCCCUAUGCUUCUCAGCCGGGACUCGAUGCGACUCCCCGGAGACCUCCCAUGUUCCAUUCUCGCUCCUCUUCCAGCUGGUCGAUGGGAGGAGCAGAGACUCGACAGCCGUGGCAACACAUUGCACCGCAACACCCCAUGGUACCCCAAGUAUCAGGCAUGGAGCCUGCUCGUACAUUGCGACGGAUGUCCGGUUCUAUUGCCAACGCAAAUCAAGGUCUUCGCCAUGAUGUACCUCCGAGCAUGACGGCUGCAUUAGCAUUAGAAGCCAUCACCAAACAUUGCGACGAGAGUAAAUGGAAUUGGAUAGAUGGUAUCCUUCUAGGCGGUUGCCUUGCAUAUGCUUUGGGCGACUACCAAAAGGCCCAAGGUUGGUACAAACAUAUACUGACGUUGGAUAGAGAUCAUGUCGAAGCAAUAUCCAACCUUGCAGCUACUCUCCUUGCCCUCCAGCAAAAGCGCGAUGCUGAGAGUUUCUGGAGACAGGCAGUCAGACUUCGUCCUAGCUACUUUGAAGCUGUAGAGCACCUAAUCGGGCUGCUGUGUAGUGACCACAGAGGCCGGGAAGCUGUUCAGGUCAUUGAAGAGGUGGAACGUCAUCUGAGAUUUGUCAAAAAGGCAGACGCGCUGAAGACCCUCGAAGUCGACAGUGUACGCUCAACCUCGACCGUGAGCGAGUCACCAAAUCUGUCAGAGACCUCGGAUCGGCCCAUGUUCGAAUUUGAAGGAGAGAACGAGUCGAUCUUCAAGGACCUUGAUGAGCUUCCUGGCUCAGAUCAGCCGGGUUUCGGUUCGAGUGGGUAUGCCAUUCCAGGCUGCGACAACGGACGCAUACUUGCCUUGGUUCACGCCAAAGGCAACAUGCUUUAUGCUCUGGGCAAUAACGCCGGUGCUGCGAAGGCUUUCGAGAAUGCUGUCCUAAUCGGAGCCGGACCCCAGGCUAAUGGAAUUCAUGGUCUCAUUAAACGUAUCCUGGCUGUUGUCGGGUAUGACGGAUCGGAGCGCUCACCAGGUGGACAUCGUGUUGCUCCAUCGUCAGAUCCUAUUCUACUUCCUCCGGAUUCAGCAACGAAGACUGCACAGUUGUGCUUUCCAUCUCAUGGCCAGUUACCAGGUCUCAGACACGUCCCCAGCGAAGGGAUGGCCCGAAAAGCCGCCAUAUCUACGACGAGCAAUUCAUUGCUGUCGCUUGCGAAGAUAUUUCAGGACGGUAUGGCUAACAAUUCGCCAAAGGCCACGGUAUACCAAAGCAGCUAUGGAGUCAGAGAAAUUCUGGCGCUUUAUUACCUUUCGCUCUCCUUACAACCAAGCCCAUCUACAGCGAACAAUGUCGGCAUCCUGCUCGCCAGCGUACAACAAUCUGCACCUUCGAAGCCUAUCCCUGCGUCGAAUCUUGUUCAUCACCCGCAGAUUCCCGGUUUAGUUCCGGGAAGUGGCGUAGCACUUGCACUUGCGUAUUACUACUAUGGCUUGCAGUUAGACAAACGGCACGCACACCUAUACACCAACCUUGGCAGCCUUUUGAAGGAUAUCGGUCAAUUGGAUGUCGCAAUUCAAAUGUAUGAGCAAGCUGUUGCCUGUGACCAAAGUUUUGACAUCGCUCUUGCCAAUCUUGCAAAUGCUGUCAAAGACAAAGGACGAAUCAGCGACGCGAUUAUCUACUACAAGAGGGCUGUAAAGGCUAGUCCAGAUUUCGCCGAAGCUGUCUGCGGGCUCGCCAAUGCUCUCAACUCGGUGUGCGGGUGGAAUGGAAGAGGUGGCAUUGCUGAGGACCGUGGUACGAGGGAUCGAUGGCAUGUCGACGAGAAUGGCAUGCUCCUCGACGCCAGAAUCCCAGGUGCAUCCUCCUCUGGCUGGAUUUACAAAGUGGUGAAAUUGGUCGAGAAGCAACUUGCCGACGGUGAAGAUUGGGGUCGGGGAACUAUGGACGACCACUUCAUUCAAGACAUCAUUCGACCCCUCGUGCUUCUCGAUGGCAACGCACAGGACAUCAAAGAGAAGCAGAAUAGCCUAGCAUCGGUGCUAGUACAAUGGAAGGGACAGAAGUGGGAGGGUGCUCGUUUGGUCCGUCUCGUCGAACGCGCUAUUAGACGGUUGACAUGGCAGUGGUAUCAAGACCGAUACGUGACUGGUAAGCAACGACCCUCUGGAAGCUACAGGAGACCCCAACUACCCGCGGCUUUGACGGCACCUGCCGCGCCCACGGUUCUUCCGUUCCAUACCUUUACCUGCCCGAUGUCAGCGAAGCAGAUUCGCCUCAUCUCCCAGCGCAAUGGUCUGCGCAUCUCUUGCUCCACACUAAGGGUUCCAUGGCUACCUUCGACUGUCUACCACCCACCUGCGCCACCAAAGCCGUAUCUCAAGGUGGGCUAUGUGUCGUCAGACUUCAACAACCACCCGUUGGCGCAUCUGAUGCAGUCCGUCUUUGGCCUUCACAACCCAAAACGGGUCAAGGCGUUCUGUUACGCAACAACGGCUAGUGACGGCUCAGAGCAUCGCAAGCAGAUCGAAAGGGAAGCCCCUGUCUUCUAUGAUACCAGCAACUGGUCAGCAGAGCGGCUUGUCAACCAGAUCAUCAACGACGGUAUCCAUGUCCUGAUCAAUCUGAAUGGCUAUACAAGAGGAGCAAGAAAUGAGGUAUUCGCUGCACGAGCAGCUCCCAUUCAGAUGGCUUUCAUGGGCUUCGCUGGUACUCUUGGAGCUGAGUGGUGCGACUAUCUCCUCGCCGACGAGACUGCUGUGCCUCCGGAUACUCUCCGCCAAUGGCGCCGUAACAUUGACAUGGAAGAUGCCCUUGUAGACGACAAUAGUGGCGGCUCAGACGACAAUUGGGUCUACGGAGAGAACAUCGUCUUUUGCCGUGAUACUUUCUUCUGCUGCGAUCACCGACAGAGCAGUGCUGAUUCACAAGGGCGACAACCGAGUUGGGAGGAGGAGCAGAAACGGAGAUGGGAGAUGCGCAAAGAAAUUUUCCCAAACCUCCCAGACGAUGCGAUUAUUCUUGGCAACUUCAACCAACUGUAUAAGAUCGAACCAACAACCUUCCGUACCUGGUUGCGCAUCCUGCAGCGCCUGCCGAAAGCCAUUCUAUGGCUGCUUCGCUUCCCAGAUCUUGGAGAGACCAACCUCAAACAGACAGCCUACAUGUGGGCUGGUAAAGAUGUAGCGAACCGUAUCAUGUUCACCGACGUGGCACAGAAGCACCAGCAUAUUUCCCGAGCCCGCGUCUGCGAUCUCUUCCUUGAUACGCCUGAGUGCAAUGCACAUACAACAGCCGCCGACGUCCUUUGGUCUGGAACCCCUCUACUUACUUUGCCGCGCUACAAGUACAAGAUGUGCUCUCGCAUGGCCGCAUCCAUUCUCAAGGGCGCACUACCGAAGUCCCCGGAGGGCGUGCAAGCAGCGAAGGAACUGAUCGCCGGCAAUGACGACGAAUACGAAGAGAUGGCUGUACGACUAGCCAGCGAUUGUGUCUACCGCGGCCAUCAGGCGAGCGGGAGAUUGAGUGAACUGCGCAAGAUGCUCUACGAAUCACGAUGGACAAGCCCACUAUUUGACACCAAGCGCUGGGUCCGAGACCUUGAAGAAGCAUAUGAGAUCGCAUGGAAGAAGUGGGAGAGAGGAGAGGGAGGGGAUAUUUGGCUGCAACCCCGACAGCCCUGA